UCCGGAAGUUAGCUACGUCUCUGUUCGCCUCCAACACCUGAUUGGCAACAAGAAAUUGAACCAAAACAGAAAAAAUUCUAAGUCAUUUAAACUUCAAGCCACGCAAUUAAAAUUCUAGGUACAUUACUUCCCGUAUGCGUUCGCCACAACGUCACUACUUAUCGGCCAACAACAAAAACAUCAAUCGUUUUGAUCAUUCAUAGCCAAGAAGAGACGUGCUAAAUGGAUUUAUGAUUUUCUCUUCGUAGCUUCGAAUUAUGCAAAUGUGAUGGCGCUCUUAAAAACAAAUAAAAAAAAAAAACAAAAUCAUGCCCAAAAUAUGGGCAAAAAUCCCAAAACGCUAAGCAAACAAGGUAGGCUAGCUGGGGCAGAGCUGCUUCAUCAUCACGGGCCUAACUACCUACCGAGCGUUUCAUUGUUGAUUUUGCUCAUUAACAAUUGGUGGGAGCUUGGCAAAUCGAUAAGUGGCUAUUUAAUGUGGUCCGAACGCUAGCGUUGAACACACUUCGUCUUAGUCAGUCCUCAGAGAAACUUCUACAGAGUUUCAAAGCUUCCAUUUUCCUCCCGCAUUUUCGUGUUUAUUUAUCAAUUGGAUAACAAUGAAAUCGUUUGUCUGUGUCUUGUUGUGCUCCUGUUUGGUGGCCGGAAUUUAUGCUGCCGCAGUGGAACCCGUCGUCGAAGAGGUGAAAACCGAUGUGAAGCCAGCUGAUGCUGCCACAGCUGCCCCCGAAAUGGAAUUGGUGAUCGAUGAAGAUUGCCACCAACCCAAGGAAACUGGCCGUUGCUUUGCUCUUUUCUAUCGUUUCGCCUAUGACGUCGAGAAACGUGAAUGUGUCGAAUUCAUUUAUGGCGGCUGUGCCGGUAACUCAAACAAUUUCGAAUCCAAGGAAGAUUGUGAAAAGAAGUGCAUGAAGAAGGCCGAAGAUUUAAAGGAAGAGAAAGAAGAAAAGAAAACUGAGGAAGAAGAAAAGAAAACAGAGGAAGAAGUAAAGAAAACUGAGGAAGAAACUGUUGAUGCUGUAACCACCGUUUUGCCCGAAAAGGCUGAGGAACCCAAAGCUGAGACGAGCAGCACUGAGAAAGUUGCCGUAACUGAAUCAUCGUAAAGUGUUUACUUUUCAUUCUGUUGGCAAUAUUACAUUCUUACACAUUCGUACAUACACACAUCAUGACAUAGAUAAAAGCAAAGGUGUUUUCCAUUCAUUCAUUCGCCCAUCGCCCAUAACGUUUGUUACCUGCUAAGUGAUUUUAUAAUUGUUAUAUUUAAGUUAAUAAUAAAAUGAGUAAAUAAUUAAAAAAUAAACAAAAAAAAAAAAAAAAAAAUUAAA